UUACUUGUUUUAAAACUUAAUUCUAAGAAUACUGUUAAUAAAUAUUGAACGGAAAUAAUAAUGUUAUCAUUGAUCUCAAUGAAUAUAUAUAAAAGGGCCGCACGAGCAAAUGAUUCACUUUUCAUUUGUACGGAACAGAGUUGGUGGAAAUUUCAAGUGCUUGACAAAAAUGGAUCACAAAGAAGCGGCUUCUAAACUGAUGUUCAGCAUAGAUUUGCUACCACAAGUUUCAAGGCACAUCGAUUUUCUGGAAAAGGUUGCCGAAAUUCCAGACCUUAAAGACGAACAUGUGCUGAGACGUGCUGCAUACAGAUAUGAAAAGUACUGGCUGCCGCUUGCCGCUGAACACAGGGACGAAUGUCUAACUGCCCCACUUGAUAUUGAGUGGAUAUGGCAUUGUCAUAUGCUGUCCCCGAAGAACUAUGAAAGCGAUUGCAUUGCUCUUGUCGGAACAGUCGUCAACCAUACAUUUUACAAUACGCAAGAGAGAGAUCUGUGUUUGCAAGCUGCAAAGAACCACUGGUUACAGAAGUACGGGGAUAAAGAUGAACCAUUUGCAAUGGAAUACAGCAUACUUGAUAAAGACGCUGUUGAGAAUUUCACAUCGGCUCUGUCUUACGAUCUUGUAGCAGCCGCAGUGAGACAAUCAACAUUCUAUGAUAAGAUAGCAUCAACGGAAUACAAGAAUGAAGAAAACCAUGAAAAUGUCAACGAAAGAUACAAGAAAUACAUUUAUCUGUGCAAACUUCUACCAUCCCUCUCGCUGACUCCAAGUAUUGGAAUAGAUCUGCUGUGGCACACCCACCAAAGCAACCCACUGGCGUACAAAUUUGAUAUGGGAAGGAUUCUUCGAAGAUUAUUACAGCAUGACGACACAAGUACUGACCAGACCGUUGGCUCGAAGUUACAUGAAGCGAGUCAACUUACACUGAAGAGCUGGGAGAGAUUUUAUAACGAACCGUUCCAUGAUUGCACAUGUAAAUGUGUCAAUAACUGUUUCAGUAAAUGUGUAAAUAACUGUUUAAGUACUUGCAAAUCAAGCAACUAAAGCACUUGCCCGACAACUACCAGUUCCUGUGCAGUGUAAAGACUCACUUAUCCGCUGACAAUCAAUUUAUUGAUAUGUUUGUUACUUAUUAUAUUGAUCAGUGAACCUUUCAACAUAAUCCUACAAUGAUAACCCUCUCUUGUUUCAUCAGAAUGAUUUGAGUUUGUGUACUAGCUGAUGUUCUAAACUAAAGCCAAUGCCUGGAUAUCUAUGUAUCGUAAUACUAAAGUUUUGUCUAUAUAUGUCGUAUCAUGUUUUUAUUUUCAAUAAAAUAAUAUACUUA